AUGUGGCAUUCAACUCUCGUCUUCGCAGACACCUUUGAAACCUACUUUGACUCUCGUGUUGAUCUGUUACAGCGCAAGCUACAGAAGCACAGUGAUCGUCUCAAGAUGAAGGCAGAGGAGACCUUCAAAAUCAAGGAGCUUUCCGGUGACGCGCUGGCAGAGAAUCUCGAGCGCGAAAUCAAGAAUCUCAAGCUCAAGGUCUCGACGCGUAUGGCCACAUUAUCAGCUUCAUGGCAGUCUGCAAAGGUGGUAAGGACACGCGAGAAAGUGUCCUUUUUCUUCGGCGUGAUGAGCUUACUCCUCUCUGCCCUUCUGUUUGGGAUUGCUCCGCAUUGGGUUCACGUCGCUUACUCUGUCCAAGGCCUCUAUCUUCUUCCCCUGCGCGCUUAUCGGUACAAGAAACGCGCCUGGCACUACUUCCUAUUCGAUCUAUGCUACUACGUGACCAUCCUCAACUUUGUCUAUAUCUGGCUUUUCCCCUCAAGCCCCGCUCUCUUCGUCGCCUGUUAUUGCCUUUCCCACGGAGCUCUUGCUAGUGCCGUAAUAACAUGGCGAAAUAGUCUCGUUUUCCACGACCAAGACAAAGUCACAUCCUUGUUCAUCCACAUCUAUCCACCGUUCACCUUCACCGUUAUAAGACACUUCUAUCCCAAUGCUGAGGCGAGGUUCCCAGCUUUGCGUGAACUCGAAUAUUUGCACCCCCUCAGAGCCCUGCUUCUCAGUGCUGGUAUUUAUGUCGUCUGGCAGUUCCUGUAUUGGAAGUUCGUCCUAGUGGAUCGACGCGCAAAGAUUCAGUCAGGGCAACGCACAACAUCUUUUUCUUGGCUACUCAACGACAAGCAGGGAAUGAUUGGUCGAUCGCUAGCAUCAAUACCUCCGGCGUACCGCGAAUUGACAUUCAUGGGAGGACAAUUGAUAUACGCCAUACUCACAGAACUGCCCGCAAUCUUUGUUUUCUACCGAAGCUCUUUUUGGAGUGCCGCAUUCCUAAUUUUCAUCUUCGCAGUCAGUGUAUGGAACGGCGGAGGGUUUUACAUCGAAGUCUUUGGGCGAAAGUUUGAACGUGAAUUGGAGGCUUUGCGGAGGGAACUCGCGGAGAGCACCGCGCGAUCCUCGGGCUCGUCGACUCCCACUACAAUUUGUAGCGGACCAAGCGAAACAGAUCUCACUGCCAUGGUUUCUGCAUCAAAGCAACCUGGCCCUGCGAGCGACAUCUCAGAAGACAGCCCUACAAGUUUAGACCCUACUCUGAAUCUGGAUUUUAAGAAAGAUUCUUGACUGCAUGCUAUUAGCAACUGAUUAUAUUAUUGACGACCUUGUACGACCAGCCGCAUACAUCUUUACGUUUAAUAUGUCGUUU